AUGGCCACCAUCUUUCCUGAUACGGAAAAGGGAGAAAGUACACAAGACGCGAGGAGAACAGACCAUGAGCGGCUGGCAACUGGAUCCUUAGCUACUGAUGGAGAUGAACGUCAGAGCUGGGAGACAGAAUGGUGUCGGUUAGCAUAUUGGGAGUUGCAGCAGCGUGUUGGCCGCCAGUUUAGUGUGCGCCUGCGCGCCGUUGACGUUUUCGGCGGCGGCGGCGGCACAUGCGGCUCCGGGAGGCAUGGCUUGUGUCUGGACGCGCUCGAUACACGGGAACCGCAAGUUGAACAGGUGCGGAAAACUCGAGCGAAAAUCGGUCUAGGCGUAACCCUCUCACUGGAGUCUGACGGGGUCUGGCUUUACAACCGAAGCCAGGAGCCAGUGUUUGUCAGUUCACCGGCUUUGGAUGCCGCCGCAGCCAAGGCUCUUUUAGUCUGGCGAGUGGCUCCCGGCCACUGCCUUUGUAUUUUCGACCCUGCAACUCCGCCGCCAGCAGUCUCCCUUCCCCACGUGGGUCCAGUGGACCCUAGAUCUGUGAGGAUCUCCUUCGCAAAGGGCUGGGGUCCGAAAUACUCCCGUCGGGAUGUGACAGCUUGUCCCUGUUGGCUCGAAGUACUUUUAGCUCCCCCGAGCUGA